AUGCUACCGAGUUCAGCAGCCGAUACGAGCUUGCAUCGUCGACAUCAUCAAUGCACUCAUUUAGUUCGCCUCUAUCCGCUCCUCUCUAACUCCGAAGAGCCAGCUUCUCGCAACGAGCCGGUCUCCGCCGCCUUUUUGGAGCAUUGGCUCAAGCACUCGGCUGUCCAGCUCGAUUCCUUGUUGCUUGGGCUACGCCUUCGAGUGGCUAUCGGGCUAGCUGUCAAGCGAUAUCUACAAUGGUCGAUCAUUGGAAACCUUUUCCUUUCUGCAGCCGGAGCUCUUGUGUCCAGACUCCAAGAGGUGGCUUCUUCGGUCUCGAAGGGACCACUUCAGUAUGAUUUUGAGGUGCUUCUCGCUGAUUGGGCAUGGCUCGCUAAUCCUUCUAUAAUUAGCUUACUUCGCGCAGCUAGGCCUUGCCUUAAUCGUAAAGCCGAACUAGUAGAUCCAGUCAUGCCAUAUAGUUGUUCUUCUGAUCCCUCCGCCUGUCCACCUACAUCUAGUGGCUACACGAGCAACAACAUCACAUCCCGUCACAUUAAGUCGCCUGCCGACUGGCCAGGGCUAGUCAGUGGUGAGCGCCUGGAUGGAUGGUCAUCUCGGACGGUGUCUGGUGGACAGCUUCUCGAACAAUUGCGAUCAGAACUUCGACAAACGACUACUGCCUAUUGUCUUGAGGCAAGACAUCGUUUUUUUAUCAUCUUAAUUUAUUAUUUUAUAUUUUAUAUCUUGAUUCUUUCAACUAAGGGCAAAGUAAAACUACGAGAUAACUAUUCUUUCGGUGCAACUAAUUAG